AUGCUUCCAUCACCUCAAGAUACUGGUCUCGUAUCCACUCAAGAGAGCCCUCGCACCCCAACCGAAGAGCCACUUACCCCUACCACUCCUAAGACGCCCAGCUUCAGAAGGCCGUUCCUUCCAGCCAGUGCCACCAAAGACAGUGUUGCGGUUGCUAGGGGCAGAGGCAAGCGGAAGGUGGUGGAUCUCAGCAGCGAUGAGGAGAGUGACUAUGCCCCGCCGUCUGAUGAUGAGGAGCCUAGUUCCCCUGUCAUGAUGGACGAUGCUCCUGAGCCUAUAAAGAAGCAGACAUCUAGGCCGGCGACCAAGAAGGCUAAACUUCCUCCACCACUACCACCAGCUCUUGCCUCAAAAGGUGUGUACAACAAGGGAAAAAAUGGCUUUGGCUUCACGAGCUUGCAGAAAUCGAAACCCAAGGUCAACAACCAAGCUGAUGUGGCAUUACCGACUACCCCACCGCGUAUGCCCACCAGAAAGCCUCAGCCGACGACACCAUCUACACCGACGCCUGCGUCUCAGAAGUCCAAGAUCGUCACGUUAAAGACUCAAGGAGCAAGCGUAUCGCGCUCACCUCGAAAGGCCAAACUUGACGCGUCUGCAAAAAUCACCCAGCUCAGCGAAGCCGAGUUGCAAACGCGGACCAACAUUGCUAUCGACAAAGCAAAUCAGCGCGAGGAAGCAACAGCUGCAGCUGGAAUCUUCGAGCAAGUCAGAGGUGGCAUGCGAGCCAUGUCCAUCACACCGGCGCCUAGCACCGCUAGCAACGCUGCAGAGGACGUAGAAAUGCUGGCCGACGUUUCAGACUCUGAAAUCGCAUCUCCAAAACACGGCGCUGGAUUGAAUUCAUGGACAGAGUCUCGCUUCAAUGGCGACAGAUAUCUUGCCAAGUCUCGCGCUGCUCGGCCCAUAGUGGAAGACGACGACGACAACGACGACGAUGACCCGGACAUCAGUAAGUACAGCGUCAUCGACGGCGUUAUUGUGCAUGAGACGGAUCGAGAGAGACUGAGACUGACGCAAGAGCAGGAAAGGCUUAUGAGAUCAAGAGGGACAGACGGUGGCAGUCGCGCACGUGUAGUGACCGCAGUUGAAAUGCCGGAGUAUGCUCAGGGUAUGGCCGGGCAGAGUGGGAGGCGCGCGAGAAAGACUAUGAAAUGA